AUGGCGAAGGACGAACGAUCGGCAAAGAUCUCGGUCGAGCCGGAAUCGAACAAGCUACCGAACUUCCUAAACUCGGUUCGGCUCAAGUACGUGAAGCUCGGCUACCACUACCUAAUCUCACACGCCAUGUACCUCCUCCUCAUCCCCCUCCUGGCCGCGUCCUCUGUCCACGUGUCGACCCUCACGGCGCACGACCUCGCCGCCCUGUGGGCCCACCUCAAGUUCAACCUCGUCUCGGUCGUCCUCUGCUCCGCCCUCGCCGUGUUCCUCGCCACACUCUACUUCAUGACCCGGCCCAGAAAGGUCUACCUUCUCGACUUCGCGUGCUACAAGCCCGGCCCGACCUCCAUGUGCACGAAGGAGAUGUUCCUGGACAAGUCGAAGCUCGCGGGGAGCUUCACGGACGAGAACCUCAACUUCCAGAGGAAGAUACUCGAGCGGUCGGGUCUGGGCCAGAAGACGUACUUCCCGGACGCCAUCAUGCGGGUCCCGGCGAACCCGUGCAUGGCCGAGGCCCGGCGCGAGGCCGAGGAGGUCAUGUUCGGGGCCAUCGACGAGUUGCUCGCCAAGACGGGGGUGCGGGCUAAGGACAUAGGGAUACUCGUCGUGAAUUGCAGCCUGUUUAACCCGACGCCUUCUCUUUCGGCCAUGGUGAUUAAUCAUUAUAAGCUGAGGGGGAAUAUCUUGAGCUAUAAUCUUGGUGGGAUGGGGUGCAGUGCUGGGCUCAUCUCCAUUGACCUUGCCAAACAGCUCCUCCAGGUGCAACCCAAUUCAUAUGCCUUGGUCGUGAGCAUGGAGAACAUCACCCUCAAUUGGUACUUCGGAAACAACCGGUCGAUGCUCGUCUCGAACUGCAUCUUCCGAAUGGGUGGGGCCGCCAUCCUCCUCUCCAACAAGUCAUCCGACCGCAAGCGCUCGAAAUACCAACUCAUCCACACCGUCCGAACCCACAAGGGCGCGGACGACCGUAGCUAUUCGUGCGUCUUCCAAGAAGAGGACGAUUCCCACAAAGUCGGAGUUUCCCUCUCCAAAGACCUCAUGGCCGUGGCCGGUGAGGCGCUCAAGACCAACAUCACGACCCUCGGCCCACUCGUCCUCCCAAUGUCCGAGCAAUUGUUGUUCUUUGUCACGCUUGUCGCGAGGAAAGUGUUCAAGAUGAAGAUCAAGCCGUACAUUCCGGACUUCAAGCUCGCGUUCGAGCAUUUUUGUAUCCAUGCCGGUGGUAGGGCGGUGUUGGACGAGCUCGAGAAGAAUUUGGAGUUGAGCGAGUGGCACAUGGAGCCUUCGAGGAUGACUUUGUAUAGGUUUGGGAAUACCUCGAGUAGCUCGUUGUGGUACGAGCUGGCGUACACUGAGGCCAAAGGUAGGGUUAGGAAAGGGGAUCGGACGUGGCAAAUAGCGUUCGGGUCGGGAUUCAAGUGUAAUAGCGCGGUUUGGAAAGCGUUGAGGAGGAUCGACCCGGCUAAGGAGAAGAAUCCUUGGGUGGACGAGAUUCAUGAGUUUCCGGUGGAGGUGCCGAGAGUCGCGACUCUUAAUAAUUAA